AUGUUUGUAUAUUCAUCGUUUGUUGUGGCCGCAACUGCGGCUUUUUUCGGAUUUCCAACCGUGACUGCCGCGCCAGCAAAGAGAUCUGAUGGAUUUCUUGAGCCAAGAAGUAACUGUCACUACCUCCCAGCCGAUCUUCAAUGGCCUAGUCUUGCAAAUUGGCAACAAUUGAACCAAUCUAUCAAUGGGAGACUCAUUCUCGGAAAACCUUUGGCUCAAAGCUGCCACAAUUCCGACUAUGACUUGGCCGAAUGCACCGAGAUAGAAGAUAUUUGGACAGCACCACUCACAUAUUUCACGGAUCCAGUCAAUAUUAUGGCACCAUACUGGCUGAAUGAUUCUUGCAGUCCUUUUACUUCUAUAAAUGCGACAUGCAAUCUGGGAAAUAUUGCUUCUUAUGCCAUCAAUGUCAGCAGCGCUGCUGACGUUAUUGCCGGUUUGAAAUUUGCAGCAGAGAACAAGAUACGAAUCACAAUUAAGAAUACUGGCCAUGACUACAUUGGUAGGUCCAACGGCGAAGGAUCCCUCGCACUAUGGACGCAUAACCUCAAAGAUAUUUCGUUUCUCGAUUAUACCAGCACCAAUUACACUGGUCCUGCGGUCAAGGUUGGAGCUGGAGUUCAGUUCUUUGAAGCUUACAAAAUUGCUGCUGAGAACGGUCUGCGAGUUGUGGGUGGCUUUUGCCCAACCGUAGGCAUGGCUGGUGGAUAUGUGCAAGGUGGCGGCCAUGGUCCUCUCGGAGCGACGUACGGUCUCAGCGCAGACAAUGCAUUAGAAUAUGAAGUUGUGACCGCUGAUGGUCGCCAUCUCAUCGCUACUCCUACGGAAAACUCGGAUCUUUACUGGGCACUUAGCGGUGGCGGAGGAGGCACAUACGCCGUGGUAAUCUCGUUGACUACGAAAGCUCACCCCGACGGUAUAGUUGCAGGUGGAUCAUUUACCAUCAACAAUACUGGUGAUGCGAGGUACUGGUCUGCAAUUGAAGCUUGGCAAAAGCACCUUUUGGUUCUAGACCAGAUACCAGGCUUUACCACCGUUUGGGGCUUCACGAGCGAUGCAUUCAACCUUGCAUUUGCUACAUUGCCGGGUGGAGAUGCCUCGACGAUGGCCGAAGCAUUAGCUUCGUAUAAAGAAGAGAUCCAAGCGAUGAACAUAACAUUUGCAGCAUACGAAACAAGUGACAGGCCAAAUUUCUACGACCACUACGAGCAUUACACCGGAAGUCUCCCAUAUGGACCUUAUACGACAAAUGAUAUUAUCGGAGGACGCCUGAUUCCCCGCUCGACCAUCCAGAACAAUGUCACUAAUUUGAUUUCUGUUUUUAAAGACAUUAUCAGCACGACCGGAAUUCCCGCAACAUCUUUACGCAUCAACGGAAUAGCCGCUAACGUGACACAUUCUCGCGUUGGGAACCAUGUGGGCUCCAAUGCUGUUCUUCCCGCAUGGCGCGAUUCUCUCUAUUGGCUAAAUGUUGACGUUGGCAUCGAUGCAGCAGCUUCAAGAGAGACAAUACAUCAAAUUCAAGCGCAGGUAAAUGCAUUUCAAGAUCAAUUCAAAGUCCUGACCCCUGGUGGUGGAUCGUAUAUGAAUGAGGCAACUUUUGACAAUCCAACAUGGAAGGAGGAUUACUACGGUGAAAAUUACGAUCAAUUGCUGGACGUGAAGUUGUCUUAUGAUCCAAAUUCUAUUUUGUAUGCUCAUACGUCUGUUGGGAGUGAUCUGGUGACUGUAGCUUCGGAUGGGAGAUUGUGUAAAGACUGA